GGUACCCGCUGGGCAAGGAUCUGCUCCUCCGGGUACUGCUGCCUCGGAAGAGGGGCCGUUUGCAGUUUGGAGCGGGACGGGUCCCCGACACCUAUCCUCUGCCCGGGUGACUGUUGGCUGCUAGCUUCCCUCCCCCUGGACUUUGAAAUGCUUUAUCUGAUCGGCUUGGGCCUGGGCGAUGCCAAGGACAUCACAGUCAAGGGCCUGGAGGUUGUGAGACGCUGCAGCCGGGUGUACCUGGAAGCCUACACCUCUGUGCUGACUGUGGGGAAGGAAGCCCUGGAAGAGUUCUACGGAAGAGAGCUGAUUCUUGCCGAUCGAGAAGACGUGGAGCAAGAAGCAGAUAGUAUCUUAAAGGACGCCGACAGCAGCGAUGUUGCCUUCCUCGUGGUGGGGGACCCCUUUGGGGCCACCACACACAGCGACCUGGUCCUGAGGGCCACGCAGCUGGGGAUCCCUUACCGCGUCGUCCACAACGCCUCCAUCCUGAACGCCGUGGGCUGCUGCGGCUUACAGCUGUACAGGUUCGGAGAGACGGCGUCCAUUGUGUUCUGGACCGACAGCUGGAGACCGGAGAGCUUCUUUGACAAGGUGAAGAAGAACAGGCAGAACGGCAUGCACACGCUGUGCUUGCUGGACAUCAAAGUCAAGGAGCAGUCUUUGGAAAACCUCAUCAAGGGAAGGAAGAUCUACGAGCCUCCUCGCUACAUGACCGUGAACCAGGCGGCCCGGCAGCUUCUGGAGAUUGUCGAAAACCAGAGGGCGCGAGGAGAAGAACCAGCAGCGGUCACCGAGGACACGCUGUGCGUGGGCCUCGCCCGGGUCGGCGCGGAGGACCAGCGAAUCGCCGCCGGCACUCUGCGGCAGAUGUGCACCGUGGACCUGGGGGGCCCGCUGCACUCCCUCAUCGUCACCGGAGGCAGCCUGCACCCGCUGGAGACGGAGAUGCUGAGUCUGUUUGCCGUGCCAGAGGCCAGCCCGGCGUCCCGGGGCACCGGCGACGAGCCCCGCACGUAGACGGCUCUGACGUGGAGGCUCAUUUCGGCCCCGGUGCGCGCGUCUCUGUAACAAAGGGGACAGGUCCUCCGUGUGCCUACAAAGGACAGGACCGGUGCCGGAGGAGAAAGAUGCCGAGGCAGCCACGCUCGGCCUCCGGUGGCCGGGAGCUUUCCCUCUGACGUCAUCAGCAGGUGCGCCUAUUGGCGACGUUUCUGCAGGUGCACGCAUGGAGCAGACCCAGCCGGGACGCUUGUAGGUGGACACCCACCAGCAGUCCUUGAAACGCAGCUUUUCGUCGUGAAACCGUCUGUACGAGGUGGACCUUCUUCCUUUGGAAGCUGCCCUGACUGUAGGAGGGCUAACUGCGCGUGCGCAGAGGGGGCGGAGCGCGUCCGCCUCCCGGAAGGCCGGUCUGAUCACGUGCAGCUGAGUGACUCCCUCCGAAUCACCUGUCUUACGUCACCUGGCGUCCUAGCUACAGAGCUCCUGUCAUAUAUUGUGUGAUCGCCGAAUUAUAAAUGUGCAGCCAGCCGUGUCUGGUUGCCCUUCGGUUUUAAAUAGCAACUUUCACACCAAGGCUGACAAAUGGAAAACUUACCGACUACAAAAUAAAUUUUUUUUUAAAUUUAA